GGACAGUGUUCGCUCUGUCUUAUUACAAAAGGGCAUCUUCACAGGUUCAACACAGGCACAUAUACGGGGAGUUUGCGCUGGAUUUUACGUUCCCUGGCAUCCUUCAAGCCUCAGGAAUGAAGGCCUGCUUAGUUUUCACCUGUUUACUGACAGCCACAUUUGUCCUGUCUCUUGAAAGUAAACAUCAUGGAAAACAUCAUGGGUUGCACAAGAAUUCACACAAAAUCAAGGAAAAGGAGGUCAUGACAGAGGAGGCCGACCAACCACAGGUCCCCAAGAACAAGGAUCAGGACGAUAUGCAGCUGAACUCCGAACGCAAUGCUGAUACGAACAAGGACGGAGAGUUUCAGGCUACAGACGACAGAGAUACAAAUAUUGCUGUUCUGUUGAAUGAGGAAGAGCUGAUAGACCUUUUGAAGAAAGGUGCAACAGAGGAAGAGGUGGAACAAAAAGAGCUAGAGGUGGACAAAGACAAGGAUACACCUGCUGAGGUGGUGGAGGAAGCUGAAGGUGAAGAGAAGAAGGAAGAUGGUCAAUUAGAAACUGGGGAGGUUGGGACAGAUAAGAGGGAGGUGAAGGAAGACAGCGUGAAAGAUGAAGUUCAUGGGGAGGUGGAGAACAUGUCCAAGAAGAACCAGAAGGAGGAACCUGUGAGCAAAAUGGCUGACAGAGAUGAGCUAGUGGCACUGUUAGGCGAAACAGAAGGCAGCACAGAAUCAGAUCUACCAGUAAAUCUUGACUAUGCUGCUGAUAGUGGCAUCAUACAACCUCCGCAAAAAAUAUCAGCCAAAAUAAAACCCCACGCUAACUAUGCCCAGCCUUCCUCUAAAGAUGUUACUGAGAAAGAACAGCUCGCCGUUGAUGAGGACUAUGAACACGACAUGCAAAACACUGAAGCGGCAAUGAGUGAGGAGGUGUCUGAUCUAGACAAACUGGAAGUGCUCAAAAAUGCCCAAGAUUUACAAGCUAAAGUCAAAGAAAUCAGUGAAAACGUGAAGCCUCAGGAGAAGAAGAGGAGUAGGGAGCUUGAUUCAGGCUCCCGGGUGGCUGGAAAGGAAGAGGAGGAGAGAAGUAAGGAUGACGAUGUAAGCCACACCAAGAAAAAGACAAGGAAGCAGAAGAAGAACCAGAGGGCAAGGAAGCACACGCCACAGAGCGAGGAAGCACAAACUGAACUGAGCCAACGAGAUCAUCACGAGUCAGAGAUCAGCAGCAGCAGCAGCAGUGACAAUACAGUGCACAAAGCCAAGAGGAGAGGGGCAGGAAAAUGGAGUCCUUUGGUGGGAAUGAAUCCAGUGCAGAUAAGAGCUACAAUGGAUCUCUACCCUAGCUCCAGACCCUCUCUCAGCAGAGGCGUCCAUCGGCCAGACGCCACUGCUGGUCCAUGUGACAGUUUCCGCUGCAAACGUGGAAAGACAUGUAAACUGGACGCAGACAAUAAGCCAGGCUGUUUCUGUCAGGAGCCGUCUCAGUGUCCUCCCAGUGUGAACGAGUUUGAUCAUGUUUGUGGAACAGACAACAAAACAUACCAUACAUCUUGUGAACUCUUUGCCACUAAAUGCAACCUGGAGGGCACAAAGAGGGGCCCCAAACUUCACCUGGACUACACUGGGCCAUGCAAAUUAAUACCUGCGUGCGUGGACAAUGAGCUGGUCCAGUUUCCUUUGCGGAUGAGAGACUGGCUGAAAAAUGUGCUGCUGCAGCUCUACGAGCUUGACACCACGUCCCCUGGCUUUCUCACUCCUAAACAACAUUUUAGGGUGAGGAAACUCUUUGAGAGCGAGCGGCGACUUCAUGCUGGGGAUUACUCUGUGGAGCUUCUUGCGCAGGACUUUGAGAAGAACUACAACUUGUACAUUUAUCCAGUACACUGGCAGUUUGCCCAACUGGACCAGCACCCUUCUGACAGAUUCUUGUCCCACUCAGAGCUGGCCCCGCUCCGGGUCCCUCUGGUGCCGAUGGAGCACUGCACCUCCCGCUUCUUCCAGGAGUGUGACACUGACAAGGACAAGCAGGUGUCCUUUGAGGAAUGGAUCUCCUGCUUUGGCAUCAGAAAUGAGGAUAUGGAUGUCAACCUGAUUUUCUGAGGUUGAGGAAGCUGUUCCAACAACGGCUUGAGCGAGAGAAUCCUCUAUGAACUAUGAAAUAAACAAAUGUACCAAUCCUGCUAUAACAAGGUCACAUGUUGGUGGCCAGUGCUGUUGUCUUGAGUGAGGCUAAAACAUUGUCUUUAGAUUUUAAGUGUUAUGUUUUGUAUCUAGACACUGUUUUGUAAUUCAUUCCACUCGGAGGUUUACUGCAGCUCAUUGGUAGAAAUGUGAUUGUGCAUUAUACAGUACAAGGCAUUAAAAUAACUCAGAUUUUAUAUGUGUGUGUUUUUUGUGUGUAUAAUAACUCUUUUAAACUCAAAGUUAGGUAGAUAGUUUCAGAGCCUGGUGUUAACUCUAAAUCAAUUACUAUAUGUUGGUUAAUUUAGUAGCAAAUGCUGUAAAUGUUUUUUUCCUUUUCAUUGCUUCUCAAAUUAAAGCUUUUUGAACAGC